AUGGGCGACUUCCUGCGAUCCGUCUGGCUCGCCAAGGAGUCGCACAUGGUCGACGCCGCGCACGCCGCCGGCGGCGGCGAUCUGCGCGCGUGCGACAAGGCCGCGGGGCUGCUGCGCGCGCGCUCGCUGCGGCGGGGGCAAGUUGCGGGGUGGGCAGCAGUGCGCAGAGAGAGGGGGAGGGCGGAGCCGUGGGCAGGGAAGGGGAGCGGCGAGUUGAGGGAGGGCGGGGUGAUCGUGGAGGGCAUGGCGGGCAACAGGGGCAUCGGGGUGGCGCUGGUGGGCAAUGCACGCGGGUACAAGACAGUCAUCGGCAUCCCCGACACGCAGAGCCAGGAGAAAGACAUGCUGCGAGUUGCAGGAGCCACGCUGGUAGAGGUGCGUGUGCAGGUGCCAGCAGUGCCAUACAAGAACCCCAACAACUACGUCAAGUACUCGGGCCGCCUCGCUCAUGCCAUUGCCAAGGUGCCUUCCUGCUCCCUCCCCUCCCCCCUUUCUUCCCCCCCCCAUUCCCCCCCCUCUCCCUCACCAACCUCACGCUGUAUGUUCUUUGCUUCACUUCUCGCGCAUCCCACCGUUCACAGUGCACGCCAUGCGCACUCCAAAUGCUCGCUCCCUCCCCACCAUGCUCUUGCUCUGAUUUUUUCCCUCUGUCUAUUGAUGUCUCACUACGCGCUGCUCUGA